UAGUAUGGGCUGCUAUCUCAGACUGCUGUGUCCACGCAAAGGAUUUGACAAGCUCAAACAUAUUUAUCUUUUCAUUCCUUAUGAGGCAGGUAAACAAUUGAAGCACUAAGACACUUAUUCAAUUAACGGCUCAAGCAGACUCAUGAAAAAUGAAUAAUAGUUCCAUGUUAUUACACUUUUACGUAAAAUACACAUGAAGCAACGAAACGCAUGAAGAAUAACAAUUUGGAAAAGGUUAUUAUUAGAGCUCGAUAAGUAUUCAUCAUAACGUUUUAAUCAAAAAAUUUUGGCAAAGUGCGUUUUCAAUGCAGUCAUCCAACAAUCGAGAUUUGGGCCCAAAACUAAUCUACGAUCCAUCAUGGACAGGUCCUUUAAACACGAAGCGGUCAACUACGAACCUAUGGAUGUUGUUUCCUUUUAUCCUCGUUCUCCUCAAUUGGAUCAGAGUAGUCUCUUUGGCUUUGGGGACGAAUGUCAUCAACGAUUUUACUACCCAUGCCGAAGAAACAUUAAGCGACGAAAAAUGGAUCGUGCUUGGCACAUUGAUACUCAUCCUCAUUUUAUCAAUUCUUAUGAUUGCCUUUUUGAGAAUUGCAACCAAGCUUCGUCGUUUGCGUGUUUACUUUUUUGUGUUUUCUCGUAAAUAUUCUCUUAAUAGGCUAUAAAAUCUAUCGCGCAAUAAGCAUCGAAGGUCAGGCAGCACAGAGCGGAAUCUCUGCUUUUUUUAUGAUCUUUUGUCUGCUAUCAUUGUCAGUGGUCUGUUUGGUGAAUUUUUAUCACGGAUUCGUCGGAAUGGCUUGUAAAAUCAUACAAGAAACGAUCAAAGCUAUCAUGUUCUUCCCAUCGCUCACUUUGUGUUCACUGCUGCUCUACAUGCUUAUUCUCGUCACGACAGUUCUCGGCGUGGUUGUUGGCUCUUACCUCGAAAGGAUGCUUCCUAACCUUCAGUCACCUUUUGAUCACGUUUGCAAUCAACUUGGAAAUGCCUUCGGAUGCCUCUGGCUCACUUCGUUCUUUUUUUCCUUCUUUCGCGUGGUCAUCUCCGGGACUUAUGGUACCUGGUACUGGACGAGGAAUAAGCAAGAAGUACCUAAAUUUACACCUAUGCGGUUCAUCUGGAUUACUUUGAGAUACCAUAUUGGCUCUGUGAUAACUGGUUCAUUGAUCACACCGAUCGGCAAUUUAAUUCAAGUUUUUGGUGUGUCUCACUUGAAUUUUGCCGACCCAAGUGAAAUUAAUCAUUCUACUUUUACAAAAAUUUUGCAAAGUAUCUACAAUAGCAUAGGGAUGAUUAAUGAUCAGGCUCUUGUUUACACGGCUCUCCGUGGCCAGGAAUUCGGCGUGUCCGCCAAAACUGCCUUCAAUAUUUGGCGCAGAAACCACACGAAAUUCGCCGCAAUCGAUCAACUCACCCGCGCAAUUAUAUUCAUGGGCUACGUUUCAAUUGCAUGUCUCUCGUUGACCUUUUACUUGGUCGCGAAAGUCAUGACAUGUGGAAAUCAAAGCAUUCUGUUUAUGGGAUUUGUUGCACUUUCGAUCUUUAUGCUGAUCAAUUCAAUUAUUUUGCUGAUGGAUGUGGCGAUGGAUACCGUUUUAAUCUGUGCACUCGAGGAUUUCGAAGUCAACAGCAACAGCGCCAGGCCUUACUACAUGUCGGAUAAGCUAAAGGAGAUGAUUCUUGAGAGCAGAAUGGAAUAAUAUCUUAACGUCGAGGCUAAACUACGAAAUUUUCUAAUUUUUAAAGUUUCAAAUAAUACGCUAAAUUUUCGUUUAUUACAUUUAAUGUAUUCAAUGCACAGUUCGUGAUUAAACAUUUACUCAUGUAUACAUUUA